GCACGCGAAUGAGCUCAUCACGCGCUGUGUUGUUAUUUUCGUUCCCGUCCGCGUCAGUAUUGGUGUGCGCUGCUCCCCCACAUUCUGUUCCGCGGUGAUUCUGAAGGAACCUGUCCUAGAGCGGUGUGUCCUAGUCGCUCUCACUAGCAACAGCAAAACAGACGUCCUUGCGGUGAGAUUUUCGUCCUUAAUUUCUCUUUCUCUCUCUCGCGUGUGUCCUCUCCUGGUGCGCGCUGCGGUGAGUGUUGAAUUCCGAACUUGGGACUCAGAACGUUCGCUUUGAUUCCUGGCAGGUCAGUCUUCUGGUGGAAUCGGGACCCGCGUGAGCUGUUUAUCGUUCGGAACCGUGUUCGACUGUCCGUUUGGUGUGUGUGUGUUUGUGUGUGCCGUCCCAGCCUAGGAUUCCCCUCCGUUGGGUUAGCAGCCCCCUGCUCUGAGGUCGUCCCACUUGGCGUUUGGGGAAUAUUACGGUUUUAUUUAGGAAGGAAUAGAAGAACCUGCUGCAGGGGCGAAAAAUUCCGACGCGUGUGCGUGUGAGCUCGCUUAGACGGCAAAAGGUGUGUGCUGUUGUUUGGCCCACGACGGGUUCGAUGAGCUGGAGCUUGUGGCAGAACCUGUUUGACGAAUUUUCGGGGAAGGUUUACUGAAUGGAAUUCGGUGCGGCGGUGAAGAUCUUCAAGUGAUUCAGGAAGAGAGAAGAAUUGCGUAUUUCCCCGUUUGAAAUUUUCGAGUGCAAUCGUUUCGCUGAACGGGAACCGCAUUCUGGGAGAAACUUUUCCUCGAAAAUAAUCACAAAAGUGUGAGUCAAGUGUUAAAGUUUAAAGCAGUGACGACGAAAAUGUCUCGCGGGGUGGCCCACAUCCGACUGUCGGCGGCCCAGGUGCUGCUCCGGCUGGACCUGUCUGGCGCCUGUGGAUUGAAAACAUUCGCGGCCAGCUUCCACCAGCUGAGUCGGCCGCAGCAGCGGUUUGUUCCCCGAAAGCAGCAGCAGCAGCUUGGUUUUAGCGUUACAACUGCGGAUCCCUGGUACCGGAUAACGAAAGGAUACUGCAGCGGUGUCAGCAGCACAACCGACAGUCAAACUCCCAGCAGUAAUGUCAGUGAAGACGUGACCGUCCGAUACGUGAGGGGCCUGCCGCACAUCACCGUCCCACUGCCAAGCCGCAACGAGCGGUGCCAGUUCACGUUACGGCCCGUAACGCACAGCGUCGGCAACUUUCUGGACAUGCUGAAGGACGAGGACCGCGGCAUCGACCGGGCGGCGGUCCUCAACCGGGACGGCGUCCGGAUAGCAUCGUCCUGCUCGAUCGAAACGCUCAUGGAGGACGACUUUUGGUUGAGCCUCAACGACAGACAAUACUAUGUGACACCACCGAAACGUGAAAAAAUUACCUCAGAGGAACUCACCAGACUGGGCGACGUGCAGGCGUUGGUUGCACAGCUUUACGAGACCCUCAACGUCGGCGAGCACCAAAUCCGGAAGGAGCGUGAACUGAACAGCAAGCUGGAGGAGCUCAACGUCAAGCUCGGACCGCUGGAAGUGAAAAAGGGCGAACUGGACCAGCAGGCCACCCGCCGGACGAGCUACCUGACCUGGGUGGGCCUCGGGCUGAUGUCGGUGCAGUUUGGGGUGCUGGCGCGGCUCACCUGGUGGGAGUACUCGUGGGACAUUAUGGAACCGGUGACGUACUUUGUCACCUACGGCACGGCGAUGGCCGCGUACGCGUACUUUGUGCUGACCAAGCAGGAAUACAUCCUCCCGGACGUCAAGGACCGCCAGCACCUGAUCACGCUGCACAAGUCCGCCAAGAAGGCCGGCAUCAACCUGGCCGAGUACAACGACGUGAAGCGACAGAUCGCCGAAAUCGAGCACGACCUGCGCCGGCUGCGGGACCCGCUGUACAUGCACCUGCCGGCGCCACCGCCAAAAUCGCCCACGUACAGUGCCACCGAAAUUGCCGCCUCGAAGAAGCUGCUCAAGCAGGCCCUCGAAAAGGCCACCGACAGCGUGGUGAACAAGCAAGCCGCGGCCAAGAUCAGCUCCCUGCUCGAGUCCACCGGGAACCCGUUCCGGAGCAAAAAAUAAGAUUUCCUGUCCUCCGUCGCCGCCGCCACCGCCGCCGGUGCGAUUCUGCCCACCCUGCUCCUUCUCCUACUCCGGCAGGUCCGUCGGCCCGUGUUCCGUUUUUAUGACCGUUGUUGUUGGCGUCGUCGCCGUCGUUGUUGUUGUUGUUGGGUUUCUUCCCUCGCAAAGCGGUUUUCAGUCACUUCUCACUCUUCCCAUCUGUUCCUAACACCUUCUUCCUUCUACAACUCCUAGAAACAAAGCAAAACCUUCCUCUUUCUAUUGUUCUCGUUCGUUUUUUCCUAUCCAAUCUCUUCCCGGUAGUGCGAGCACAGUAAAAAACACAAACAACCCAAAAAAAACGCAGAUACGCAAGUAAAAGUUGACAAAAGUAACGAACACGUCAUUUUAUAGAAACGCAAAAUAAGGUUAAAACGCAAACAAACAAAAGAAAUAACAAUCAAUCUAAUUGUUAAGGAGUGUUUAAAUCAAUCCAAGUCGAUAGAUUAAAAAAA